UCAUCCGGUCGCGGCUCGGUGUCUCAGCCUGCGCGCCCGCGACCCCUGGCCACUCGCCGGCUCCACGCCCAGCCCCGCAUCGUCCAGUCUCGUCUUUGCCCCUGGCCGUGCGCCGCUUGGUUCCUCCGUGCUCAUUGCGCCGCUGGCGCGCACCAUGCUCUGCUCCAGUCCGCGCGAGCUGCAUUUCCCGCCUAACCGGCGGCGCUAGCCGUAGCACCCACCGCCGGCGCCGGACAUGUCGAGCCGGCUGCGACCCAGCCGCGACCCGUGGUCGAAGGAGGUCAAGCGUGCGAUCGUAGAGCGCCUCAGCUCGGAAAGCCUAGGUCCCGAGGACGCACUCUAGCUGUGCAAUGAGUUGGUCCCAUCGACGCCGGAGCAGUCCCCAGCACCACCCGCCGUGUCCGCCCCGCCGGACAUUCCUUCCCGGAGGCGCGCUGGCCGUCGCCCUUUCUGGGAGCUGGGGCGGAUCAUAGGAGAGCGGUACCGCUCGGGAACGCUCGGCCCCGAUGAAGCACUCCACCUGUUCGACGAAUUGCUCCCGCAAGCCACGCCCGGCUCGGUUUACGCCCUCAACCAACUGCUCGGUGUCGUCGCUCGCGCGCGGGCGGACUCCUCCGUGCGUUGAGGCCCAGUGCUCGCCGUAUCCCUCUUCAAUCGCAUGACCAGAGCCGGGGCCAAGAAGGUAGCUCCCGACAUAUACACCUACGGCAUCCUCAUCGGCUGCUGCUGUGACGCGGGCCGCUUGGACCUCGGCUUCACGGCAUUCGGUCAAAUCCUUAAGGCGGGAUUGAAGCUGAAUGCCACCACCUUCAAUCAACUGCUCAAUGGCCUCUGUUCUGAGAAGAGAACGAACGACGCAAUGGACAUUGUGCUUCGGCGAAUGCCGGAGCUUUGCUGCACGCCCGAUGUCGUCUCUUACAACAUUCUCAUCAAGGGGCUCUGCGACGAGAAUAAGAGUCAAGAGGCUCUCGAGCUGCUGGAGAUGAUGGCUGAUGAUGGAGGCAAAGGCAAAUGCCCACCAAAUGUGGUGUCGUAUACCAUUGUCAUCAAUGGCUUCUUUAAAGAGGGUGAGGUGGGGAAAGCUUACAACCUGUUUCGAGAAAUGCUGGAUCAUGGGAUUUCCCCAGAUGUUGUGACUUUUAACUCCGUGAUUAAUGGACAAUGCAAGGCUCAAGCAAUGGACAGGGCUGAGGAGGUCCUACAACAGAUGUUGGAUAAAGGUGUUAAGCCGUGCUGCACUACAUAUAAUAGUCUAAUUCAUGGAUAUUGCUCUUCAGGGCAGUUGAAAGAGGCGAUUAGAAUGCUCAAAGAAAUGUCCAGAGAUGGUCACAGACCAGAUGUUGUUACUUAUAAUUUGCUGAUGGACCAUCUUUGCAAGAAUGGAAGAUGCACAGAAGCUAGGAAGAUUUUUGAUUCUAUGGUCCAGAGGGGUGAAAGACCUACUGUUGCCACCUACAACAUUCUGCUUAAUGGGUAUGCUACCAAAGGAGCUCAUGUUGAUAUGUGUGAUCUCCUAGAUUUGAUGGUUCGAGAUGGUAUUGCCCCCAGUCAUCAUGUCUUCAACAUACUAAUAUGUGCAUAUACUAAACAUCAAAUGGUCGAUGAGGCAAUGCUUAUAUUUACAACAAUGCAUCAGCAAGGAAUUAACCCAAAUGUAGUCAACUAUGCCUCGGUAAUAGACGGGCUUUGCAAGAUAGGCAGAGUGGAUGAUGCUAUGUCACAAUUCGAUCAGAUGAUUAAUGAAGGAUUGACUCCUGACAUCAUUGUAUUUACCACCCUGAUUCAUGGUCUGUGUACAUGUGGAAGAUGGGAGAAGGCUGAAGAAUUAGCUUUUGAAAUGAUUAAUGUAGGCAUCCAUCUUGAUGCCAUGUUUUUCAACACAAUAAUGGGUAACCUAUGCCAAGAAGGAAGGGUUAUGGAAGCCCAACAUUUCUUUGAUCUGAUGGUAUGUAUAGGUGUGAAGCCCGAUGUUGUUUUGUAUAAUACACUGAUAGAUGGAUAUUGCUUUGAUGGUAAGAUGGAUGAAGCGACUAAGCUACUUGCUGGUAUGGUCUCCAUUGGCUUGAAACCUGACGAUGUUACCUAUAAUACUUUUCUUAACGGAUACUGUAAGAAUGGAAGGAUAGAUGAUGGGUUAGCUCUUUUCAGUGAAAUGUUGAGCAAGGAUGUGGAACCUGAUUAUAUUGCAUAUAACAUAAUACUGCAAGGGUUAUUUCAGACUGGAAGGACUGCUGCUGCAAAGGAACUCUACAUCAGAAUGGUUGACAGUGGAAUACAAUUGAAAGUUGACACAUACAACAUAGUUUUUGGAGGACUCUGUGAAAAUUGAUGCACUGAUGAAGCGCUGAGAAUGUUUCAGAGCCUGUGCUCAAAAGAAAUUCAGCUUGAGGUUAGGACUUUCAAUAUUAUGAUUAGUGCCUUGCUGAAAGUUGGCAGGAAGGACGAAGCGAAGGGUCUGUUUUCUUCUAUCUCAUCCAAUGGUCUAGCGCCUGAUGUAGUAACUUACGGCUUAAUGAUAGAAAGUCAUAUAGAAGAAGGGUUGCUACAGGAGGCCGAUGGUCUGUUUCUGUCUAUGGAGAAGAAUGGCUGCACUGCCGACUGCCGUAUGCUAAAUGCUGUAGUUAGAAGGCUACUUCAGAAAGGGGAGGUGAGAAGGGCUGGAGCCUACCUCACCGAAAUUGAUGAGAAGAACUUCUCCCUUGAUGCUUCCACAGCCUCCUUGCUGGUUUCUAUUUUUUCAAGGGGGAAAUAUCAGAAAUAUGUGAAGUUACUUCCUGAAAAAUAUCACUUUGUUGUGGAACCAAGGGAUGAUUGAGACCUUUUCGCAGUUAUAUGGGGCUAACUAGACAUUAAAGGCUGCUAACUAAGAUUUGGUGUUCUCUUUUUGCAAGGUAUGUAGGUUACCUCUCCCAAGCUUUAUGGAGUUACAUUGCAUCUGAACCAGAGAAGCGAUAACUGUCUUAAAACUGAUUUUCAUUUAACAUUUAUCCAAUGGGUUGAGGUGUGCCAAA